GCGAGCAAUUUACAGGUAUUGGUCAAUCAGAUGCAAAAGAAUGCCGACCAGGUGGAGAAGGACAUCCUCCGAUCUGAGGAGCUGCUGGUUGUGGAUGCUGAAAAUGACAAGAAAGAACAGCCCUUCGAGCAUCAGGCAGAGAUCUCAGACCGACUGGGGGAGGCUGAGGGUCUGCUCAAAGAUCUCUUCCUGGACAUCGACAAAGCAAAGAAGCUCAAACACCCACAGGCCAAAGAGAUCGAGAGGGAUGUCAUAGAGCUCCAUGAGCGCUGGCUGAAGGACUGCGUUUUCUACCGAGAUAUCUAUGAGCAGAUUGACGACGUGUCACUGAUGCCCAGGAUCGAGUGGGGGAAAGUUUUCAACCAGAAGCAAAAAGAGGUCAACUCAGAGGAGUACGGCCCCACCAUGGCAGAACUGGAGAAGCAGAUGGCCGCUCAUAACAUCCUGCACAAACAGGUGGAGGCUUACAACGCACAGCUCUGUGUCAGCUCAGCAGGCAGCAAGGAGCAAUACACAGCCCUGAGGAAGCAGUACAACAAUCUACUGGAUAACUCAAAGUGGCGUCGGCACUACCUGAACAGUUUGUAUGAGUACAUGCACGGCUGCAACAAGGAGCUGGCCUUCCUGGGAGAAGAACAAGAUAAGAUCAAGAGCCAGGACUGGAGCGACCGCAUGGUGGACCCACCUGACGUCCGCAGGCAGUACGAGAACUUUAAAAACAACAACCUGCUGUCCCACGAGAACGAGGUGAACAAACUGCAGGAUGAAGGGGACAGGCUUGUUGAAAUGAAACAUCCUGCCAGCGCCACCAUCCAGGCUCAGAGAGAUGCUCUACGAAAUGAGUGGCAGAAAUUUCUCAACCUCUGCAUCUGUCAAGAGACCCACCUGGACAAUAUUGAGGAAUAUAAAAGGUACCAAAUGGAGACGGAGCAGCUGUCAGAGACGCUGUCCAAACUCAACAACAGCCUGGACCCAAAAGUCGUCAGCCAACAGAGCAACUCAGAGACACUCCUGAAGCUCGAGGCGGAGGAGAAAACCGUACAGAACAGUGAGCAGGCGCUGGCUGACCUGAGGAGACGCAGCACAAAUAUCGUUCCCCUGAAGCUGCGACGCAGUGCGCCCAACAGGCCCAUCACGCUGGAGUCCCUGUGUGACUGGGAGACAGAUAAGGCCUCUCUGGCCAGAGGGGAGAAGGUCACCCUGAGGUCAAACUCAGACCCUGAGAACUGGAACAUUACCUCCAAUGAUGGGGUGACAAGAACCUUCCCAGGAGUUUGCUUUCUGAUACCUCCACCUGAUCCAGAAGCCAUCGACAAAGUGGACCUGUUGGGAGGUGAACUGGCAGACAUCAAGAAGAGACGCGCUGCUCUCGCUUCUUCCCUAAAGAAUCACAAAUCAACCCUCUCCAGGCCCGUACAAUCAGCCCCACCGUCUUCUGUCCCACCGGAUCCCAAAACCACGGCUCUGGCCCAGCAGCUGGACAAGCUGGAUGACGACCUGGCGAACGCUGAGGAGAGCAUGCUGAGCCGGAUGCGAGCUCCCCUGAGCCGCAGUGACCCGGCUGGAGAUCUUGCCAAGAGGCUGAGAGAACAGGAGCAAGCUGCCAGAGAUCUGAAGGCUCUGGAGCAGCAGAAGCAGGCUGCUCAGGCUGAUCUGCAGCCUCUGUUGUCCAAGGACCCCAGUGGUUUGUCCUCUGGACUGCCGCUCAAGCUGAGCGCUGCCAAUAAUAAGCAUGCCAGCAUCGCAGACCUCGCCGACCUCUACAGCAAGAAGGCAAAUGCAUCUCUCAACCUGGAGAAUCAGAUUAAAAAGGUGGACGGCCUUGUCUCUGGAUUUGAGAAAAAGCUGAGCGAUGAUGCUCCAAUCCCUGAUGUACCAAAUGCAAUCCAAGCCCGCGCUGAUGACAUCCAGUAUCAGCGAAAGGCUGUGACAGCAGCUCAGGAUGACAUGAAGAAGCUGAGUCAAGAUCUGGAGGCCACAGAGCAACUGUGCAGCUCUCUGCAGCAAGGUUACCAGGAGUACUGCCCUGAUAUCCAGCGCCAGAGAACAGAGGUCAAGCAGCUGCAGACACGUUACGCUAAUGUGGCUAACCAGCUGAAGGAAAGAGAAAGCAUCUUACAAGAAGCUGGAACCAAAAACCAGGAGUUCCAGAACACAAGCAAAUCCCUGACCUCCUUCCUUGAAAACCUGCCGAAUAACCAGAUUAACCCUGGCGACGAUGCGUCUCAGAUCUCUGCCAAACAGAGGUCUCAAGAGAGGGUGGUGGAUGACCUGAAGAGGAAGGGAAACGACAUGGACAGAGUGACUGACCUGUCACGUGACGUUCAAAGUCUGCUUGACGAAUAUGAAUCGAAUGUUGACAAAUACAACAGCACACUAGAGGACUCUGGAGCUACGAUUGCAAAGAAACCUCGCUUGCCCACAUUAAGUGAAGCUGUUCAGAAAGAGGAAAAGGCUCUGGUCAACCGUCUUGCUGAAGCAUCUGCUGAAAAUUCACAAAAACAAAAGCAGAUGGGAUUGGCUAAGAAUCUUAUAUUACAAAAUGAAGAGAAAGUCACAGUGAUGGCGCAGCAGCAGGUAGAAAGCCAGCAGAGAAGUACUUUGGAGCUAAAUUCUCUGAUGAAAGAGCUUGAUGAGGAGAAGGAGAGGUCUGGCCGGGCUCAAAUUGAACUGAGAACCUAUAAAGACAGGCUGUUGUCAUUGAAAAGUCGCAGAGGAGUGGAGCGUGUGGAGGAGAAAGAAGUACUGCAGUACUACCGUGACCCUAAACUGGAAAGUGACUUGGCCGAUCUGCAGAAAGCAUUGAAUGAAGAGUCUUUGAAGCGUAGCAGCAUCCAUACUGAGGUUGAGGUGUUCAACAAAAAAAUCACCAUUGUGGAAGAAAACUUGAAGAACACUCCACCCAAACUGGUGACCAGAGAGGUGACAGAGUUUGAGAAAGAUCCUCAGCUGGAUAUAGAGGCUGCAAAGAUGAGAGACGAAAUAUCGAGGAUGAGAGAUGAAAUCAGAGUGAGAGAUGGGGAGCAAAUUCAGAUGAAGACAGAGGUAUCAAUUCUCCAGCAGAAGCAACCACCGAUCAAAGAGAGGGUGGUCAAGAAGGAAGUGGUGAAGGUGGAGAAGGACCCAGAAAUGUUGAGAGCAGUGCAAUCAUUCGAGACCGAAAUUUCUGAUGAGAGCAACAAGGUCAAGCUUAUCAACGAUGAAAUCUUCCAAACAAGGAGCCAGAUCAAUUCACUGGAGAGAUUAAUUCCUAACAUCCAGCCUAGAGUUGUCACUAAGGAAGUAAAAAAGGUUGAACAAGACCCUGAGCUCAUCUCUGAAUCAGGCAAGAUUCGAACAGGCAUUGAGGAAGAGAGAAUUGAAAACAACUCUUUGUCCAGAGAGGUGAUGGAGCUUCACAGUCGUUACAGGGAAGUUCAAACCUGGAGGCCAAAAGUAGAGGUGAAGGAGAUUGUCAAUGAGAUCUACAGGAUAGACCCAAACACUGAGGUAGAAAUAGUGCGGCUCAGGAAGGACAUACAAGAUUCAAGCAAACAGCGCUCUGAUCUGGAGAGAGAUAUCAUCCAGAUCACAUCUGAGGUAAAUAUCCUUAAUGCUGAGAAACCCAAAGUGGAGAUGAAGGAAGUUCUCCAAGAGGUGGUGAGGGAGGAAAGAAGUCCUGAAAAUGAACGGGAGAUUCAGAGGCUUAACAGCCAGGUGAACAAUUUACACUCUACAUAUGAUACCCUCCAGGCCCAGGUGAUUAGACUCAGGAGGGAAAGAGAUGAGUUGAAGGCUGAAAAGUCCAAGGUAGAGACCAAACUGGUCACCAGAGAAGUCAUAAAGUAUGAACCUGAUCCUCUGUUGGAAAAAGAAGCAGACCGUCUGAGAAAAGAUGUGCGGGAGGAAGCACAGCUGAGGCGCGGCGUUGAAGAGAUGGUGUUUGAUCUGCAAAACAAGUACAUCCUGCUGGAGAGACAGAAGCCUGAGGAAAAAGUGGUCAUGCAGGAGGUUGUGCGCUUACAGAAAGAUCCACGGCAAAUGGUCGAGCAUGAUAGGCUCAGCAGGACCCUGGAUGAGGAAUUAAAGAACAGACGUCAACUGGAGCUUGAGCUGCAGCAGCAGAGAACAAAGGUUGAAGAUAAAGUGAGGCUUCUCAGAGAGAGCGAUGAGCGCCAAAAGAGGGUCCAAGCUGAGUCUGAACUCAGAGAGAUUCGAUUGCGCAUCACACAGCUGGAAAAUGCUCCACCUCCUGUUGAGGAAAGUAUCAUUGUUGAGGAGGUACUGAAGGUUGAAAGAGACCCGAAACUAGACAGGAUGACAAAUGGACUUCGGUCGGACUUUGACAAGGCAACCAGUGAUAUCCUGCGUCUAGAGAGAGAGAUACGUAGUUUAACUCUAAAGCUGGAGAUCCUGCAGAGAGAGAAGUCUGGGGAGAAGACAGUCUACAAAGAGGUUGUCCGUGUUGAGAAAGACCAGGCUGUGGAAGCAGAGAGAGAUCGACUGAGGGAACAGGUAUCUCAGUGUAAGUUUUCCAGACAGGACGUUGAAGAUGAAAUCAGGCGUCUCAAUGAUAAGAUCAACCUUCUGAUGAGCACUAAGUCCAGCUCUUCAAGAGAGGAGACCACACUCACUCUGAACAGAGAUGCUCUCCUGAGGGAGAAGGACAAUCUCACGCGAGAGUUCAGGACACUGGAGGCCAAGAAACACGACACUAGCCUGUCGUUCCAGCAGCAGAGCCGACUAAUAAGUGAGAGAACGCAGUUUAACAAGCAGAAGAGCCUCAAGUUGGGGACUGAAACCCAGCGCCUGGAGAGGGAGAUCCUGGAUGAGAAAGACAAGAUCCAUAUAAAGGACAGCACUAUACGGGACCUUCUGAUGAGCCUUCAGAAAGAGGAGCUCGCAGAGACAAGGACCAAAGAGACCAAUGUCUCCACCAAAAUCACCAUCCUGGAUCCAGAAACUGGCAAAGACAUGUCGCCAUAUGAUGCCUACCUACAGGGCCUGAUUGAUCGGUCCCAGUACAUGAGUCUGCAGGAGCUAGAGUGUGACUGGGAGGAGAUCACCUCCAUGGGACCUGAUGGGGAAAUAUCUGUACUACAGGAUCGCAAGAGUGGAAAACAAUAUUCAAUCAAAGAUGCCCUGAAGGAAGGCAGGCUGACCGAUUAUCAUCUUCAGCAGUACAAACAGGGCAAGAUCCCCAUCUCUGAGUUCGCCUUGCUGGUUGCAGGCGACAAGAAGAAGCAACCUCAGUUCAACUCAAUCCCCUCAAAGGCCAAACCGUCCCCCCCAGACCUCUCCACCGUGAAAGAAGUCAACCCCAUUGCUGGGGUAAUAGAUACAAACACCGACACUUGCUAUACAAUACGCAGUGCCACUCUGCGCAAACUGAUAGAUCCCACUUCAGCCCAAAAAAUUCUAGAGGCUCAGGCGGCGACAGGCGGCAUCAUUGACAUCAACAGCAAUGAGAGAUGCACAGUUCACAAGGCUGCAGCCAGAGGCCUUGUUGAAGAGAGUCAAAUCCAGCGCCUACUGAAUGCUCAAAAAGCUUUUUCUGGGGUUGAAGACCCCAUGACCAGAGAGUGUUUGUCACUGGGGGAGGCUGUCCAGAAAGGCUGGAUGCCGAAGGACAAUGUCAUUCACUUAAUGGAGGCACAGCACGCAACUGGAGGCCUGGUAAAUCCAAACACAGGCCGCAGAAUGAGCAUCAUGGACGCCUUCUCCUCAAAAAUGAUCGACAGUACAAUGAUGAGGGAGCUGCAAGCAGAGUCGACUCACAUCAAGGAUAUUAUAGACCCAGUCACAAAGGAGAAGAUCAGCUACAAACAAGCUCUGGAUCGCUGUAAGAAAGAUCCGUCGUCAGGCCUACCAAUGCUGCCUGCCUCCUCCAAAGAGUCUGGUUACAACUCCAAUAGAUAUGCAAGGUUUUAGUGUUGUUUAUGACAUACUUGGAGUUAUCUGAGUGGUGUGGUUAAAAAAUGUAUUUUUAUAUUUUGAGAAAUCCAUUCUAAACACAUAUUUUACAAUGUACAUGAUGACUCAGGAAAAGUCUUCAGCCACACAGCUUUCUGUCUGCCAGAAUGAUCGCCGCUGAGCUACCUUUGUUUACCCAACAUGUUUGAUGUGGGCAGAUGUUUUUUGAUUUAAUUUAAAAAGCAGAGAAUAUAAAUGCUGAUUAUCUGUGAUAUUAUUGUGUUAUGUGGGACACUGGGACAAGGUGCAAUGCUUUUUACUAAGAUUGAUUUGAUUCUGUAUUACUCAUGGGCUACCCUUGACAUUGUUCACUUUAAACUUCUUGUUUCUUGUUUGAUACUUUAUGAAGAUUUAAAAAAAAUCAAUAAACUUAAAUUAUAGUGGA